UUUUUCAACUUUCUAUCAAGAUUUGAAACCUAGAGGGUCUUUUUGCAAUAAGUUAAGGAAGCGGAGGUUUAACUAUAAAUUGUUGAAACUUCCAAAUUGUAAUCGGCUCAAUCUUCUUCUUCCUUUCCUCGCCGGGAAACACAAAGCCGCCGCUAACGCCACCGUCAGUACCGACUGUUUGUUGGCUGCCGGGGUUCUGCAUCUUUUUAAAAGUGAAAUACAGGACAAGCUUUUCUUUUCGAGGAUUUUCAGCAUUGGAGGAUAAUAUGUGCUCUCUAUAAAGUAAACUGUGAUUGUUGGCAUGACUGACAUGGAUAUGAUUGAAUCAAGUGUAUGUGCUCUCUUAUUGGCCGGAUAUUGUUCAUCGUUUUCUGGAAUUGGGUUGGAGUUAUGAUUGUAAACAAAGAGUCGAAGAAAGCAAUAUGGCUCAGCAGCAAUCCUCCCGUCUUCAUCGACUGCUCACUUUAUUGGACAGUAUCCUUUUGCGUGAGUUACAAUGUUUGCGAUGUACAUUUUGUUUUCUUCUGAAAUUUUUGUACACUCUGUCAGGACAAUAUCCAGUUCUACUAAAAUGGUUUAUUCUUGUUGUUUCAUCUUACGUAAUUUACUGGUUUAUGGUUUAUGAGGCAUGCCUUCAUACAAUAUACAGGUACUUUUAUCUUGCCUCCGUGAUACACUAUACAUGCACCGAAUGAAUGGUUUGUUUCUGUAGUUACUUCCUCUGUUCUGAUCUUAUUCAUUGUUUUUGAACUGCAUAUGUUUCUUAUCCCGAGAUUAUGGUUUGUUGUGUAUGAGUGUUAUGUGGUUGCUGCAUUGCCAUCAGUUGAAAGAGAGAAAUCUGGUACUUUGUCCCAAAUGCUUGUUUCUUUAACGAAUUCGUAGCUGGUUCAAGCCAGGUGACGAGAUUUACCGCAGCAAAGCAGAUUGGUGAAAUUGCAAAGUCACAUCCCCAGGAUCUGAACUCUCUGUUGACUAAGGUGUCUCCAUAUCUUCGAAGCAAAAAAUGGGAUACUAGGGUUGCUGCAGCGCAUGCUGUUGGAGCCAUUGCUGAGAAUGUUAAGCAUGUAUCAUUUUCCAAUUUAUAUUCACGCCUUGAGACGAAGCUGUCAAAAUCAGGACUCUCAUUUACUGUUGAUGAUGUGAUGGAAUGGUCUUAUUGGUGCUCCAAAUUCUUAGAGAGUACUUUUAGAAGUUUUGAUCUAAACAAAGUGCUAGAGUUUGGACCUCUGUUGGCUUCUUGGGGACAGGAGUAUGAUAUUGCCAAUGAUGGUAGCAAGAAUCCAAGGGAAAGAUUGGCUCGCCAGAAACAAAAUCUUCGUCGGCGUCUUGGUUUAGAUGUGUGUGAACAGUUUAUGGAUGUCAACGAUAUGAUAAGAGAUGAGGAUCUUUUGGUUCAAAAGAUCCACUCCACUGGCAAUGGGGUUGGUCCCCAAUAUUUUUCGUCAAAGUCUAGCCGCAAUAUCCAGCAAUUUGUUUCCAAGAUGGCUCCUGGAGUAAAAUCAAGGAGACCAAGUGCUCGGGAACUGAAUCUAUUAAAACGUAAGGCAAAAAUAAGCUCCAAAGAUCAGGCAAAAGGGUGGUCCAAGGAUGGGAAUGUUGAACCUGAAGCUGCAGUUAGUCAUCAAUUUACCGAUACUAUAGCUGAAGAUGACAAUGUUGCUAAUGAAGAUGAAGGUGUUUGGCCUUUCCAAAGUUUUGUCGAGCAACUCCUCCUUGAUAUAUUUGAUCCUGUGUGGGAGGUUCGUCAUGGCAGUAUCAUGGCUUUGAGAGAAAUAUUAUCCUACCAGGGUGCUAGUGCCGGAAUUAUUAUGACCGAGUUGAAUUCAGAUACUGUGUCCAGGCCCACUUUAGAAUAUAUAGGUGAAGAGAACACACGUAAGAGAUCUAUGGAUUUGAACUUGCAAACAAUGGGUGAUGAAUGUCAGCCUACUUUUAAAAGACCUAAGAUUGAGGUUUUGGCAUACCAACUGUCCGAUACAGUAACUACUUUCAGUAAAGAUGAAAACCUUGGAGUCCAUAUGAGUGUUGAUCCUGCAUUGCAUUUACCUGUGGAGCAUGCAAAUGGUGAAUCUGCCCUUACCAUUAAGGAAGAAGGGGUCCUGCAACCUGACGUUGAUGGUGCAUGGGAUCAAACUGGUGAUGUGGGAAACAGUAGGAUCUCCUGUGAGGAAAAGGUUUCCUUCGAAAGGACUGACAUACUCAAUAAUCUUCCCAAGAAUCCUGAGCUGCUAAACUUGGUUAAACUUGCUAGGCACUCUUGGUAUAAGAAUUGCGAAUUUCUUCAAGACUGUGCGGUCCGAUUCCUGUGUGUUCUGUCACUUGACCGUUUUGGAGACUACGUGUCCGAUCAGGUCGUUGCUCCUGUUCGGGAAACUUGUGCCCAAGCAUUGGGUGCUGUUCUCAAGUUUAUGCAUCCAUCACUGGUGCAUGAAACUUUGAAGAUUUUGCUUCAGAUGCAGCGUAGCCCAGAGUGGGAAAUUCGGCAUGGAAGUCUUUUGGGUAUCAAAUAUCUGGUUGCUGUUCGCCAGGAAAUGCUCGGGGAUUUACUUGUUUACGUCAUUCCAGCAUGUAAAGCUGGGCUUGAGGAUCCUGAUGAUGAUGUAAGAGCGGUUGCUGCGGAUGCCUUAUUACCUACUGCCUCGGCUAUUGUUUCUUUGAAGGGUCAAAUUUUGCAUUCCAUCGUAAUGCUACUCUGGGAUAUUUUACUUGAUCUUGAUGACUUAAGCCCAUCAACUAGCAGUGUUAUGAAUCUUUUGGCGGAAUUAUAUUCUCAAGAGCAGAUGUUUCCAAAAUCACUUGGCUCCAUCAUAUCAUCUGAGAAACAGGGAUUUGAUCUAAAUGAAAUCAGUCAUCUGGGCACCAUGGGAGAAGAAGUAAAUUCUAUUGAAAAUCUUGAUAUGUUAUCGACAUUAGCACCAAGAUUAUGGCCAUUUAUGCGACACAGUAUCACCUCUGUUCGUUAUUCAGCCAUUCGAACUUUGGAGCGAUUACUUGAAGCAGGUCUUAAGAAGAGCAUUUCUGUAUCAUCUAGCAGUUUUUGGCCGUCUUCAAUUCUAGGUGAUACACUUAGAAUUGUUUUUCAGAACUUGCUGCUUGAAUCAAAUGGAGAAAUUUUGGAGUGCACUAAAAGAGUUUGGGGGCUUCUCCUUCAGAGCCCGGUGGAAGAUUUGGUUAGUGUUGUUGAGUCAUACUUUUUCCCUUGGAUAGAACUGGCAACUACUUCAUAUGGUUCAGCUCUCGAUGCCACAAAAAUGUUCUGGCCUGUUGCUCUUCCUCGAAAAAGCCACUUCAAAGCAGCAGCUAAAAUGAAAGCUGUUAAACUUGAAAACGAUACUUCUAAUAAUACACUUGUAGAGUUUUCUGAAGGUACUACAUUAGUGGAGAAGACUGGGGAUUCAUCUGCCAGUGCUAAGAUAGUUGUUGGUGAUGAUGAAGAUGUUUCGGUGACCCGUACACGGGUUGUUUCAGCGACUGCUUUGGGCCUUUUAGUUUCUAAGUUGCAUGAAACAUCAUUGGCUUUAGUAACUGAUCCAUUGUGGAGGAUGCUUACGUCGUUAUCCGGAGUUCGACGUCAGGUGGCUGCAAUGAUUUUCAUCUCUUGGUUCAAGGAGUUGAAAGCAAGGGAUACGUGUAUGUCUAUGGAAUUCACUACCUCUAGUUUAAGUAGUUUCAGAAACUUUCUGUCAGAUUUGCUAGCUUGCACUAAUCCUGCGUUCCCUACGAAAGAUUCGGUUCUUCCAUAUUCUGAACUUUCAAGAACAUAUGCUAAAAUGCGAAAUGAGGCUUCUCAACUGUACAAUGCUGCUGAGGCAUCUGGCAUUCUUGAUCCUCAUUUGAUGUCUUCCAAAAUGGACAUAGAAAAUCUUACUGCAGAUGAUGCAAUAAAUUUUGCGUCAAAACUUUCACCUGUAGUUGGUCAAACUAUUGAUGGAACAUCAGCUGAAAGAUGCAUUUUUGAUGAACUGGAGUCGUCGAAGCAUAGACUUUUAACAACAGCAGGAUAUCUAAAGUGCAUUCAGGGUAAUCUGCACAUAACUGUUUCUGCAUUAAUAGCUAGUGCAGUUGUCUGGAUGUCUGAGCUCCCUCCGAGACUUAACCCAAUCAUCUUACCUUUAAUGGCUUCUGUUAAAAGGGAGCAGGAAGAGAUACUACAGAGUAAGGCAGCUGAAUCCCUAGCUGAGCUGAUUUCAAGUUGUAUUGGACGCAAGCCUGGACCCAAUGAAAAGUUAAUUAAGAAUCUUUGUGGUUUGAUGUGCUUGGAUCCUUGUGAGACACCUCAAGCUGCUGUUCUUAGUUGUGUUGAGGUAAUUGAGGAACAGGAACUUCUGUCUUCUGGAAGCACCUUCGGCAAACAGAAAUCGAAAGUUCAUAUGCUUGCUCCUGGUGAAGACAGAUCAAGAGUGGAGGGCUUCAUUAGCAGGCGUGGGUCUGAACUUGCACUGAAGUGUUUGUGCCAGAAAUUUGGUGGUUUGUUGUUUGAUAAACUACCAAAGUUGUGGGAUUGCCUUGUGGAAAUUCUUAGACCUUAUGACUUUGAGGGUUUGACUUCUGAAGAUGAAAAGAAUAUUGAUGCAACUAUCGACUCAGUCAAGGAUCCGCAGAUACUGAUAAACAAUAUCCAGGUUGUUCGAUCUAUUACACCUUUAUUGGAUGAGACAUUGAGGCCAAAAUUGCUCACACUUCUCCCGUGUAUAUUCAGAUGUGUUCGUCACACUCAUGUUGCUAUUAGACUAGCUGCAUCGAGAUGUAUAAUGACAAUGGCAAAAUCAAUGACCGAGAAUGUUAUGGGUUCUGUGAUAGCGAAUGUAAUUCCCAUGUUAAGUGACACAUCAUCUGUUCAUGCUAGACAGGGAGCUGGAAUGCUUGUCAGUUUGCUUGUUCAGGGACUUGGCAUGGAGCUUGUACCUUAUGCUCCUUUGUUGGUAGUUCCUCUUCUUGGCUGCAUGAGCGAUUGCGAUUCUUCUGUCAGGCAGAGUGUAACACAUAGUUUCGCCGCCCUAGUGCCGCUUCUUCCACUGGCACGUGGUGUUCCGGAACCUGCUGGUCUUAGCACAGGUUUAACUAGAAAUAAAGAAGAUGCACAAUUUUUGGAGCAACUUAUUGACAACUCUCAAAUUGAUGACUACAACCUCUGCACUGAACUCAAAGUUACUUUAAGGAGGUAUCAGCAAGAAGGCAUAAACUGGCUAGCUUUUUUGAAACGAUUUAAUCUUCAUGGAGUCUUAUGUGAUGACAUGGGUCUCGGUAAGACUCUUCAAGCAUCGGCUAUUGUGGCAUCUGAUGUGGCGGAGCGUGCUUUUGCAAACAGUGACAAUCAUUAUCCACCAUCAAUUAUAAUCUGUCCUUCAACACUUGUUGCACACUGGGUCUAUGAGAUUGAAAAGUUCAUUGACAAUUCUGUAUUGACCACACUCCAGUACGUAGGUUCUGCUCAGGACCGUAUUUCUCUGCAGUCACAAUUUGAUAAACAUAAUGUUAUUGUGACGUCAUAUGAUGUCGUACGCAAAGAUAUUGAUUAUCUUAAAGAGCUAUUUUGGAACUAUUGUAUUCUGGACGAGGGACAUAUUAUAAAGAACUCAAAAUCCAAAGUUACCAUUGCUGUGAAACAAUUGAAGUCACAACACCGCCUUAUUCUGAGUGGCACACCCAUUCAGAAUAAUGUUUUGGAUCUCUGGUCGCUUUUCGACUUUCUCAUGCCAGGAUUUCUUGGAACUGAACGACAAUUUCAAGCCACUUAUGGAAAACCAUUACUAGCCGCUAGGGAUUCGAAAUGUUCUGCAAAGGAUGCAGAAGCAGGUGCCCUUGCGAUGGAAGCAUUACAUAAACAGGUAAUGCCCUUUCUUCUGCGGCGAACAAAAGAUGAAGUGUUGUCAGAUUUGCCCGAAAAAAUAAUCCAGGAUAGAUACUGUGAUCUUAGUCCUCUGCAGCUAAAGCUUUAUGAACAAUUUUCCGGGUCACAUGUCAAACAAGAGAUCUCAAGUAUGGUGAAGGUGCAUGAUAGUGAUGCUGGGGAAGUUAACCGUUCAACCAAACCCUCAUCGCAUGUUUUCCAGGCACUUCAAUACUUGCUAAAACUAUGCAGCCAUCCAUUGCUUGUACUUCCUGAAAAGUUUCCCGAAACAUUAUCACCGACUAUGUCAGAGCUGUUCCCUGGUAGAACUGAUUACUCUUCAGAACUGCAUAACAUCCAUCACUCUCCUAAACUUGUUGCGCUUCAAGAGAUUCUUGAGGAAUGUGGAAUAGGGAUUGAGGGUUCGAAUUCUGAAGGUUCCGUUGGUGUUGGAGAGCACAGGGUCCUGAUCUUUGCUCAGCAUAAGGCCCUUCUGGACAUAAUUGAAAGAGAUUUAUUCCGUGUCCAUAUGAAGAAUGUUACGUAUUUGCGGCUUGAUGGCUCUGUCGAACCGGAGAAACGUUUUGAUAUUGUUAAAGCUUUCAAUUCAGAUCCUACUAUUGAUGCUUUGCUUCUUACAACACAUGUUGGUGGGUUGGGGUUGAAUCUUACCUCCGCUGAUACCCUCGUUUUUAUGGAACAUGAUUGGAAUCCCAUGCGAGAUCAUCAGGCAAUGGAUAGAGCACACAGGUUAGGACAAAAGAAAGUGGUGAAUGUACACCGUCUAAUCAUGCGAGGCACCUUGGAAGAGAAAGUGAUGAGCCUUCAAAGAUUCAAAGUGUCUGUGGCAAAUGCUGUUAUUAAUGCUGACAAUGCUAGUCUUAAGACAAUGAAUACUGACCAGUUGCUUGACCUCUUUACUAAAGCCGAAAAUACAAAGGGAGCAGGUGUGUCGCAGCGUUCUACUGAGAACUCUGCUGGUGAAGGUAACUUACCUGGUGCGAGUAAGGGGCUUAAGAAAAUCCUUGGUGGUUUGGAAGAGCUCUGGGAUCAGUCCCAGUACACUGAAGAAUAUGAUUUAAGCCAGUUCCUAUCGAAGCUAAACGGCUAAUUUUUCUCGAAGCCUGUUUUAGUUUGGGGGGAAAAUUUUUGGUAACAGGCGGACUGUUUGAAUUUGUUCUCAGCAAUCUGAUAAUGUAGCAUCGAAACCCCCUCCCCCCCCUCUCUAGUCCCGUGAAGGAUACUGGAAAUACAGGGUUUUACUUCCUUUUCUAAUUUACCUUCACAAUCAAGUUUUCUUUUACACAAGGCCAUCAAGAGAUUCUCCCAUAGCAAGUACAGAAGGAGUUUGGCAAAUGAGUCGAACCACUGUUGUAGAGGGAGGGAAGAGGUAAAUUUUGAGGUUUUGUAUAUAUAGGUUCUAGGAUGGUUUUAGGCCAAUUUAAUUCACAUUUUUUCAAGGAAUAUUAGUCUGAAUAUUUGAUGAUAACAAAAUUUUGAUUUUUUUUUUCCAAAAUCAAUUGUAUUUAUUUGAUGUAAAUUGGUCGAAUCAGAUAAGAUUAUAUGUUUAGUUAAUUUCAUUUUUAUCCCGGUAUUUACUAAAAGUUUUCACAACCGCUGCGAAAUGGAUUGUGCCUAGUACGGU